AGUGGCCGCGGCCGAGCUCGCACGCGCGACCACUGACGGGUGCUGUGCGAUCUGCAGUCUGACCCUGGAGGCAGACUCAACGGUACACAGCGUCGCGGCAGAGCACCAGACCACUACCCAACUCAUUCUAAAGCAGAGCAUCAUCAGCACCAUCAUCGUCAUCAUCACGAGCUGCACCUGGGAUGGCGCCGCAGCUGAUCGUCUAACGCAUUAUCAGAACUUAGAGUUGGAGAGUUAAAGGAGGGUGAAGGUGAGAGAGAAAGGUAGAGCAAUUGAGGUCGGGGAGGGACAUGGCAGUGGUGUCCCGCCCGCCUGCAUGGCAGCAGUUGCAGCCUCGGAAAGCAUACCAGCACCAGCAAGCACGCGGGAGACCCACAAGCGGAGUGCUGUAUGGGAGCAGCGGAAAUGUAGACGGAGCAGGGGGAAGUGCCGAUAUUUUGCAGCAGGAGUGGAGCUCGCGGGCGCAGGGGAGCGGGCGCAGUGGCAAGGGCGACAUGUCGAAGUCUGGUAGAAGUGUUGAGCAGAGCAAUGUGGUGUACCAGGGGGAUGAUUUUGAUGGGGGAUUUGGGAGCUGGUGCGGCUGCAUGAACCGGUCAGGGGCUGUGACUCCACCACCUAGGGGUGGGGGUGUGAGAGGGGGGAAAGGGCGUAAGGGAGGCAAGAAAGGAAGUGGCGAGGUGAAGAGCGGGGACGUUGGAUCCAUGGUGAAGAACUUUAGUGGCAGCUUUGAGCGGAGUGUGUCUACGUCCGGUAGCUCACCUGUGUUUCGGCCACGGCUGUCUCCAGGAAAGGUGUCGCCGGUGGUGGAAGUGGUGCCUCCGCCGGCUUCUAUAUCUGCCGUACCUGCCGCGCAACAUCAACAAACAGUGACGAGUGCUGUGUUCUCGAUGUCGAAUUACAACUUGACGUCGGCAGCGAAGAUGCAGAACUCAUCCUCGGGGGUGUCAAGUUCGCCCCCAGUGGACAAGAUCAAAGCCUCCCCUACUCUGUUUGAGAUGAUGACCCACGAGCAGGAAUUGGGACCGAAAGCUGUUCACACCAUAUCUCUAAGCCAGCAGCUUACAUUUCAAGAGAAGAUGAAGUCCAUCCUCUCAGGAACGAGCCCCGGAAACCAGUUCAACGCCACAAAUACAAGCGACUUGAAAUUGAUUUUGAACAACCGAGAAGGCUACAGCGUCACUGUGAACGUUCAUCGACACAUUUUAGUAACUCACAGCCGGUUCUUCGCAGCCAAGCUGUCGGAUAGAUGGUCGAAACAGCAACGAACGAAUUCCAACCUUAUUGAGAUCACCGACAUUGACGACGUUGAAAUAUACCUUGAAACACUGCGACUCAUGUAUUGUGAAGAUGUCAAGAAGAGCCUCAUGAAGGAAAAUGUGAGUCGGGUCCUUGGCAUUCUCAAGCUCUCGGCUCACAUUAUGUUCGAGGGAGGUGUCUUUGCUUGCCUUGAGUACCUAGAGGCUGUCCCAUGGGCUGAUGAGGAGGAGGAGAAGGUGACUGCGCUGAUGGGGCAGCUGCAGCUAGAGAGUGUGGGCGUUGCUGCAGACGUGAUGAAGCGGUGCUCUGCCCUUGAGAGCACCAACUCUGAAGAUGUUCUAGUUCGGCUCUUGCAGGCCGUCACUAAAGGAACUGACGACAAGGCUCGAAGAGAAAUGAAAUCCCUCGUUUCAAGAAUGCUUCGAGAGAACAUGUCGCAGAACAAGAACACUGUCGAUGUCAGUAAGGAGAGCUUAUAUCGAGCUUGCCAUGCAUGUCUCGACUCUCUACUUCAUCUGUUCAUGCAGUCCAAGAGUGGCGACGAUAGAGGAAUGCUGAUCGAGAUUUCCCGACAAGCAGACAACUUGCAUUGGUUGGUGGACAUUUUGAUAGACCGAAGAAUUGCUGAUGACUUUGUGCGCAUGUGGGCUCAUCAAGCUGAGCUUGCGAACUUACACGCGAAGGUGCCAGUGAUGUUUCGUUACGAAGUCAGCCGUCUCACCGCCCGUUUGUGCAUUGCAAUCGGCAAAGGCCAGGUUCUGUCUCCUAAGGACGUGAGGUUCCUUCUGCUGCAAACCUGGCUCCAGCCUCUGGUGGACGAUUUUGCGUGGAUGCAAAGAUGCUGCCGCAGUUUGGACAAGAAGGUGGUUGAGGAAGGAAUCAGCCAAACAAUCCUUACUCUCCCAUUGAAGCAACAGCAGAGUAUCUUGCUCUCGUGGUUCGACCGAUUCUCUAGCUCCGGCGAUGACUGCCCCAAUCUACAGAAAGCAUUCGAAGUGUGGUGGCGAAGAACCUUCUCCCGCCCUUGUAUUGAAGAGGACGCCUGUGCCGAGCGACGAGAGUUCUGUGAAAGGUGAACAGUCAAUUAUGCACACCAAGUCCUGGAGUGAGCGUCGGUGCAAAUCUGUAUCGGCACUGUCGAAUGGACUACCAAAUGCCGAAGUAAAAUAGAAUUCAGAGCAGAAGAGUCAAUUGUUGCCUUUCGUGACGUGGCUAUGGAUGUCUGAGAGCUCGUGGUCUCUGCAGACAUAGUGAAGAGGGGCAUCUUGGAUUCUUGAGGUCAUGCAAUGGGAAAGGUUUUUCGUGGCUUCUAAAUGUGGCAAGAUUAGGGGAGUGGGGUUGUGGUCCGUUGGCGAGCUUGGGGUUGAGUUCUCUAGAACAUCAAUAUAAGAGCUGAAAGUAGUAAACGCAGAUGGGGUCAUCUGGUCAAUCCGUCUUCGGGUGUCGACCAGACUGGAUCCAAGUGAUUCCACCCGAGACAGCAAAUCAUCUGCACGCUUAGCAAUCUAGAUUUGGCUGUUUGUUCAAUAAAAGCGUAGUUUAGCGCAGUAGGGCACGCAUGGCACAAGCGUGGCACUUCAGACUAGGGAAUUAAAGGUAUCUGAGUUAAGAGUAAAUAUUCCAAGAACUUGGACUGUGGGAGUCUCCAUGAUCAGCCUUUGUAUUUCUAGUGAGGCUAGAUCUGGUGAACGCGCAAGGUCAGUUGCUGGGUUCUCCGGGUCAGGGGCUGCAAUGUAAAAAUAUCGACGAACUCUUAAAAAGAGAACCGGGCUUUCAGAAAAAUGCUAAGAUCCAGAUUCGCCUCAA